CUUAAUUUAUUAGCCAAAGUAAUGUGUUUUAUUACGCAUUGAUUACAUUAGGCACGGAAUAAACACUCAUUACGUUUGUACUAUUUGAAUAAAUACAUGUGAUUGUGUGUGAAAGUGGACUUACAGUGUUUAACGGCGGAAUAAAUAUAAGAAAAAUAUCGUUGCAUUAAAGUAUCUUAGAAUCGAUAUAACUACGAAAAUAUUAUUCGCCCUACAGCGAAUUCAUUAUCGCUAUGUCAACAAAAUUAUGAGUUAACCGCUAAGAGCAGGAGUCACAAUGUCCCUCGAGCGUGACAGCAUGGGCGUGAUGCCCAACGCCGGUGUGGGGGCCUCGGACCCCCGAUCCCAACUGCACCAAGAGAUGAGAGAGCAGAACUUUGAUCUUAUCCGAUUCGCUUCAUACCGGACCGCUUGCAAACUCCGUUAUGUCCAGAAGAAGUGUAACUUACACGUAAUAGACAUAUGGAACGUAAUAGAAGCGUUCAGAGAGAACGCUCUGAACACCCUGGAGCCCAAUGCCUGUGUGAACGUCACUCGGCUUGAGACGCUAGUGUCAUCUCUGUACCAUAACCUGAACAAGCGGUUACCUCCAGCUCAUCAAGUGUCGGUAGAAGCAUGUUCGGCUCUGCUGUUGAACUGGUUGCUGUCAGCUUAUAGUACUGGUGAGAAUGUGGGCAAAAUAAGGGUGUUCUCAAUAAAAGUCGCGUUGGCAACGAUGUGUGCAGGAAAGCUGAUGGAUAAACUACGAUAUAUUUUUUCGCAACUAUCGGACGGCAACGGGCACCUACUGAUGAAGAGGCUAUCUGACUACCUAAGAGAAGUGCUUGCUUUGCCGGCAGCCGUCUAUGAGUCCCCAUCAUUCAGCUAUGACGACUCACUGGCGCUGUCUAUAUUCAACCAGAACGGCAAGAUAACAGUGAACGAUUUCCUGGACACCUUAAUGUCAGACCCUGGUCCGCCCUGCCUCGUGUGGCUGCCGUUACUCCAUCGACUUGCUAGUGUUGAAAAUGUGGUCCACCCCCUGGCCUGCUCUGCCUGCCGCUUAAGCUCGCUGACCGGCUUCCGCUACCGCUGCGCCCGUUGUGCCAACUACACGCUCUGUCAGGACUGCUUCUGGCGCGGCCGAGUCUCGCAGGGCCACACUAACGAGCACGAAGUCAAGGAAUAUUCACACUAUAAAUCUCCUUCAAAGCAAAUAGGCGCAACACUACGCAAGUCAUUCCGAUGUGUACCCGAGCGGGCUCGAACCCAAGUCCCUCGCUACCCUGACCGCCCCGAGCGCACGCUCAACCUUAGUCAUAUCGUACCUCCCUCGCCAGUACCGGCGCACAACGGUUUUCCCGAAUAUGCACCAGGCUACGUCAAUACCGGCUCUUUGGACUCCCGGUCCUCCAGGUCUACUCAUCGCAGCAUAGCAGAACAUUUGUCGCGUGGGGUAGACGACGAACACAGACUGAUUGCGCGAUAUGCUGCGCGAUUGGCGCACGAAAAUCGGACUAUGCCGCGCGCCGGACGAUCAGCGUCGCUUACUCCUGAACUAGGUCGAUCGUCAUCCGAAGGGUCAGAAGUGGACGCGGCGAGGCAGCAACGCGAACUGAUCUCACAACUUGAAGCUAAGAAUAGAGAAAUCAUGAGGGAAAUCGCGAGGCUCAGACGUCAGCAAGAAGCCGAGGCCUCAGCAAGUGGUGGUUCAGGGUCCGCCCCUCCUUUGGUGUCAGAGCUUCGUGCCCUUCGACAAAGGAAAGAUGAACUCGAAGGCCAUCUCUCCUCGCUGCAAGAGUCCAGGAAACACCUCAUGCAGCAACUAGAGGGGCUCAUGAGGAUGCUCAAGACGCAGCAGUCAUCGCCCCGCUCGACCCCCAACUCUUCACCUCGUUCCACCAAAAGCCCGCCGCUGCCGGGCGCUCAGCCUCAACCUACGGCGCCGGAAAGAGAGCCCCGUGGGACGGUGCGCAGUGCACCGCAAACGCCGUCUCUCGGCGAACGAGAACGCAUCGAUAUGACGCACAGCCUUGGAGGCAUGGAAAGUAUGGGAGGCGACGGCAGGAACUUUCAUCAAAACCAAAGACCAACCACCAUGGGCAUAGACAAUCGAAGCCUGCGAAGCGACCUACUCUACGCAGCGGAUUCAGUCACCAACGCAAUGUCGACGCUCGUCCGCGAACUCAACUCUGAGGGCUCCGAUACUGAGGACACUAUCAAGGGGGCUGUUGGACCGAGGAAGCAGAGAGAUUUUGAAGAGGACGAUGACAGCGAUGAACCAAUGCCGCGGCCGCAGCCGCCGCGUCACUACCUGCACGACAACAAUGUGCAGGACACCCCCCCACCCCUGCCGGCGCGUACUGGACACUACUUCCCAAGGACAUAGUGUAACUAACUAACCAUACUAUCCAUACAUAUAGCAUAAAUGUUCACUUUUACAACGCUUAGACGGUUCUUGAGCUUAAUUGCUUCGGUUUAUUCAGAGAAUUUCGGCAAAAAUUACUAUGUAUAUUUGUGUAUGUUUUCUAAAAAUUUAAAUUAGCUCUUUCACAUUUAUUCGUUUAUUCUAUACAUUAAUAAAAACAGGACUUGAUAAUUUCCUCUCUUGGGGUUUGGAAGUCGGUUAAAAAAAUAAGUACAGUACAGAGGCCCAUUUCUCGAAAAUUAUUAGUCUAAUAGUAUUAGUGUGUUGUCAUGGCAACGCAAUUUGACAGUUCGUGGACCAAUAAUAUUAGUCUAAUAUCGUUCGAGAAAUGGGUCCCAGGCUGCUAAAUUGUUAUAUUAGCGUCGUUGCAUGAUUAAAGUUUUGGUGAUACAUUUAUAGUGCAACGUGAGGCGGAACUGGAAUAUUGCUAACGAGAGUAGGUUAAGGGCCAGUUGCAUCGACCACAUUUGACAGACACAUCAUCGUCACGCAGCAGACGUCUAUGGAACUUCCCUACCAAAUAAAAUUUAACGAACGCUUUAACGGUGACAGACGGUUUGGUGCAACCGACCCUAAAUCGCGACGGCUUGUCGGAGCGAUUUAAAGACUCGACUUUUCAAUAUUCUUACGCCCCGAAUAACACACAAUGUUUUUCAUCACACUUAAAAAACAUGUGAAAUGUUAAAUACGGUACUAAAAUAGCACAUUUCGUGUGCGAAUGUGAUAAAUAUAAUAUUAUUUAACAAUUAAGCUCAAGAACUUGUUGAAACUAUCAAAAAUAUGGUCAAAUAUUAGAACAUUACUGCUAAUGUUUCCUUCUGAAACAAGGAAAUAGUUCCUUUCUGAAGAUAUUCUCAUGGAUUCUGACAUGAUGAUAAACUAUUAGUUCUUAUAAGAAGU